AUUCGUGACAUUCUCCAGGCCGGUUCACGCGGUUCUAUUUGAGCUGGCAAGUGUCGGUUACAAAACCGGUUGUGCCGGCCCAACCGGUGUUUACCUCUCCCAAGUCGACCUGAUUAUAAUCUCCACAACCCAAUCCAAAAACCAAAACAAUCCAAUCCAAACCCUCGCAAUAUAGCACGUAAAAAUUCCUUGACAGAGCAAACAGAAAACGCUACUAAUUCAGUUCGCAGAAAAUCCCAAACUCGUGCAAUUCUCUGAGUCGCAGAUCACCCUAGCUGAGAUGAUCGCUAGCCAGAACAUGGUGGCUGAGGCUGAGGUUAUCUGCCAACCGAGCCUCCCCGUGCUGGACGUGAAGUAUGAUCUGCGCGUGGCUACCACCCAAGAACACAACCUUCCGAUCGACAUGUUGGCCUCCCCUUCUUCUUCUUCGAUCUCCGCCGACAUGUCACGCUUCGAUUCCGUGGUUAAUUGCUCAGACGCCAUUAAAGAUGCCGUCAUCAUAGAAGCUUCUGCCGCAAAGUUUGUUCCAAAUAUUCGUUCUGGUAGCUAUGCUGAUAUUGGAACAAGGAUAUCCAUGGAUGAUGAACACAUUCGAAUUGAUGAUCUAUCUUCCUACAUGGGUUCCUUGUUCAGGUGCCAUAUGCCUAGUGCUUUUUAUGCAGUAUUUGAUGGUCAUGGAGGGCCUGAUGCAGCUACUUAUAUUAAGAAAAAUGCUAUGAGAUUAUUGUUUGAAGAUGCUGAUUUGCCACAAACAUCUGAUAUAGAUGCCAUCUACUUAAAAGAGUUGGAGAAUUCUCAUCGAAAAGCAUUUUUAUUGGCAGAUCUUGCCUUGGCCAAUGAAUGCAGUGUUAGCAAUUCCUGUGGAACAACAGCACUGACUGCACUAAUACUUGGAAGGCAUUUACUGGUUGCAAAUGCUGGUGACUGUCGAGCGGUACUCUGCCGGAAAGGACUAGCAGUUGAGAUGUCUCAAGAUCAUAAGCCUUCUUAUCUUCCAGAACUAAAGCGAGUUGAGGCAUUAGGUGGCAAAAUCAAUGGCGGGUUUCUCAACGGUCUCAGUGUUACCCGAGCCCUUGGAGACUGGGACUUGAAAUUUCCACCUGGUUCUGCAUCACCUCUCAUCGCUGAACCAGAUGUUCAGCAGGUUGUGUUAACAGCUGAUGAUGAGUUCUUGAUUAUAGGUUGUGAUGGGAUCUGGGAUGUCAUGUCUAGCCAGUAUGCAGUCAGUUUUGUCCGCCAAGGAUUGAGGAAGUAUGAUGAUCCACAGCAGUGUGCCAGGGAACUGGUCAUGGAAGCAUUACGCUUAAAUACAAUCGAUAAUCUCACCGUGAUUGUUAUCUGCUUAUCUUGCCCUUCUCGUCCUAGACGACAACGGUGGAGGCCUUGUUGUCUUUCUGAGGAGGCACUACAUAAAUUGAAGAGCUUGCUAGAAGGGAACUGAAUUUAAAGAAUCCAUUUUAUUUACUGAUAUUUUAAUGAGAAAGGAUUUUUUUUCCCCCAGUAUCGGCUGUUUCAGAUUGUUCAGAAAAAGCGGCCAGCAAUUUUGCCGGGGUUGAAAGAGAAUUUGGGUUUUGUCCGAACCCUUCAAUUGGAAGCUGUGUUUGCCAUUGCCAAACAUUUUGAAUUGGACUCAUUAGAUGAGGUAUAUGUCUCAUAACAGGAUCUCUUAUGCAAGAGAUUCAGUUUCACAGUUCUAAGCAAAUGGACACAUGUCAAGUACAAAUGUGAUAGAAGUGUCAUUGAUUGUAUAUUUGUGAUAUAUGUAUGUUUCACUGUAUAUUUA